AUGCUCCCUAACGACUUCUUUGAGAUGACUGUAUCAAGAUGUCUUUUCCAGAAUGCGAAGGGACGAUUUCAUGUCACAAAUGAUGAUAGAAGUAUAAAAGGUGCCGUGUUUGUCCGUUCCCAAGCUAGUACCGUUACAACGUAUCCUAUCCGCGUGUUAGUCUCAAUUACUGACUCUAUUUUCCAAGACCUUGGUCAUAAAGACAACAGCUUCGCUGUAUCCAUAAGAGUUGACAACCUCUUUGGCGAUGGGAAUGUAUCAUUAUUUAACACGUCGUUUCUUAACAACGAAAAUUCUGUCUUUGUGCACGGCGGGUUUAAAGUAAAUUUGACUCACGUGAGGGUUCAUUCCACAUACGGGUAUGCUAUCAUGGCCAGUGCUCCCCCUAAAACAUUAAUCAAAGCACCAGGUGUAAAGGUCUUCCUUGAAAGGUGCGUCCUGGUGGACAACCGGAUUGGCAUAAGGAUGUCAACGACUACUUGCUUAGAUAAUACGGAUAGGUAUUGUUCAACGGGCGACCAGACGCUUGUUGUGAGGAACAGUCUUAUACUGGGAGGUAAAGAAACAUUAGGCACUGGUGAUGCAAUCAGAUUUGCAAUGAGUUUCCCUAAACUGAACUAUAGCCGUGCAGUUUUGAAGCCAAGCAAGAAAGAGGUGUAUUUGUCGCCAGAUUUUGAGGCAAAACUACUUCUUGAAAACGUUACUUUUCAAGGGUUACAUGAUUGUGCUCUUUCAGUCAGUAUAGAAAGGAAUGUUAGUGGACUUAUUUCGGUGAAAAACUGCAGGUUUCUUAACAACACUCAGUAUGUGAAUCGACUAGAUGAACGAGCAAUUGUCCAAAUUGAGUUCACGAAUGUCGAUCCACCCCAAUGUCCGCAUAAAAGAAAAGGAAACAAGAGUGAGGAGCUAAUGUGGAACAAGACAUUUGAGUUACCAGUAAUAUUUGAGGAUACUCGAUUCGAGAACAACGCUGGUAUCGCUGGAACUUUGAACUUUUUAAAUGGAAAUGCCACGUUGAACAACUGCACCUUUAAGAACAACGAAGGAGUAGCCAUGGGAGGUCAAGUGUAUCUGAGGGCAGGUUUUGGAAUUCUUAACAUCGUUAACAGUAGUUUCCACCAAACAAAAUCGGCGGAACGUUACCGUGGAUCGAGAACUGGUUGCUUUCUUCAAUCUGAGAGCGCUGGUCAGCUGAAAAUUGAACAAUCGUCCUUUAUAGCUGAUGACAAUAGGCAAUACGAUCCAAUCUUCGCAGCUACGAAAAGCAGUUCCAUACUGAUCGACGACUCAUCAUCAUUUCGAUGUCCAAGCGGAAGGAAAAUCACUAUCGAGAAAAUCACCGAAGAAGACGGAUUUGAACUUGUAAAGGAAACAUUUGGGAAGAGAAGUAAGACCUGCUGGAUAAGAGUGCAAUAUAUCAAAUUACUCUGCGAAGAAUGUCCAGAUGGUUUCUACAGCUUAAAGAGAGGAUGGGCCAGUGGCUUCCAUGUUCACGAGGAAACCAAGUGCAUCAAGUGUCCCUACGGAGCAAAAUGUGAGCGUGGAAACGUUUUAGCUCAAGAAAACUUUUGGGGUUCUAAAGUUAAUAGAACCUCAUCUACUCUGAAAUUUAUUCCAUGUCCAUUGGAAUACUGCAAAACUCCAACUCAUUCAACUACUCAGACGUACAAUGGUUGCUAUGGUAGCAGGACAGGUGUAUUAUGUGGCGAAUGUGCUGAGGGAUACAGUGAAGCCUUGUACUCUACGUCAUGUCAAAAAAACGAAAAGUGCCAUGAUCACUGGUUUUGGUUGGUGAGCCUGAUUUACAUACUAGCAUUUGCACUGUACCUUGUUUUUAAGCCUCCUGUCUUCAAGUGGCUAUAUCGUCAAGGUGUUUGGUUUAGGAGUACAUCCAAUUCUAACAGCAGACUGGAAGCACCAAACGGAGAUAGCAGAGAUAAACACGAUGCUGGGUACCUGAAGAUCACCUUCUACUUUUAUCAAGUUGCCGACAUAUUGAUAAUCACUUCCAAAGAGACAACUGCUCACGUCAUCCCUUUUGUUACACCAAUCGUUGCACUAUUUAAUUUCCAGGUAAAGAAUUUUAAAGGCAGUAUUGGAUGUCCAUUUCCUGGUUUCACUGUUGUCACCAAAGAGCUGUUUUUCUGCCUGAAGUUCCUGGCAACCUUGCUCUCCAUUCCCCUAAUUUACACCAUUCACCGAGCUAUAAGCAGAUUCCGCCCCAUUCCAAAGCCUUCGCUGAGACUAUACCUGGCUGUUGUUCUGGAGACUCUGUUACUUGGAUACAAAACCCUCGCAGAUACAUCCCUUACUCUCAUGCACUGCGUUCCCGUAGAGCUGGAGUGGCGUCUGUUCAUAGAUGGAAACAUUCAGUGCUGGCAGUGGUGGCAGUACUUACAAAUUGUCUUCAUCUUGGCAUUUGUCAUCCCCCUUGUUCUCGUCCUUUUCUGGGGAUCGCUGAUGCUUUCCAAAGACAAAGUGUCCGCCAAAGAGUUCCUGACAUCGUGUGCAUUUCCUAUACCCUUUCUUUUUAUCUGGUUGUUUCGUUGUUGCAAGAGGAAAGGAUAUACAAGCCAGUAUGAAUACCUCCCGGGCAGCUCCAAGGAUACCGAUGACAUAAAAAAAGUUCUUUACGACCCAUUCCGUUCAGCCUCUGAUGGUGAUCAUGGUACUUUGUACUGGGAAAGCGUUCUCGUUGGUCGAAGGUUUCUUCUGCUAAUUAUUAGUACCUUUAUCAUCGAUCCUUUGAAAAGAUUCGUUUGUUUAGGAAUUGCAUGUGUUCUGAUCUUGGCGCAUCAUCUCUUAAUGAGGCCAUUCCGCGAUAGAAAGGCCAACAUCUGUGAAAGUCUGUCUCUUGUGAGUUUGACUGCUAUCUGCACGUUCAACUUGGCCAAAGUCACCAUUAUCGCUCAGGGACUCGAGCCUGCUGGACCGGAGAUAAUCUUUUUUCAUGCUCUGAGGUGGGUCGAGGUUGCCUUGCUUGGCUUCCUCCCAGCCAUGGCCUUCAUCCUUGUGGUUCUUGUGGCUUUCUCUCAAAUCGUUCGCCUGCUGUACCAUUGCGUGAAGCUUUUGCACUGAUGCACCGCGAUCACUGUGUAGCUGAAUUCGGAAAAGACAUUUAGGAUACUGGUUAUGGAUUAAAAGACACUUGUCAGUGUUGUCAGUUUGGGGACAUUAAGCUGCAUGUAGAGUUUGACUAAUUUGAUACAUCAUUAUUAACAAGAGUGUUUAAUUAAUAGCUUGAGUAGAAGGAUUACAUGGGAACUUUUCUCCUUAAAUUUAAAGUGGCAAUUCAAAACACUGUUCAGACAGUAUCUUAGUAGAGGUUCAUUAAAAGCUUUAGGAGCUUGUACAUAUAUGCUUUUAAAAGUGGAGAACGAGUUUUUCAUUUAAGCUUGGCUGUCAUAUCAGCGGUGUAAUAGUACUAGGAUUUUUUCCAUCCGAGUAGAGACAGUUACAUGAGUUUACAAGACAGUUUUCCCAAGAUUACGUAAGGAACCACCUCACAUUCGGUGCAAGAAUACUGAGUGGAGAAAACUUAAUGACGAUUUAUUAUCGGAGAUAGCCAGUCUUUGAGCUUACAUAAUGUAGGUGACAAAGAAUUUCUUAUAACUUUACCGAAAACUUAUUUGGAUGAGCACUUGUAUAAUACUGUGCGGGACUAGUUUCCUCUUUAAUUUGGAAGCAAUUUUAGAGCAGUUUGUUUAUAAAUUUUGUUUUCUCAUACUUGAACUAUUGUUAUUCGAUUAUUUUUUAGGGUUUUAGUUUCUGAAAGAUGCCAGUUUUCGAGACAUUAAUCAAGAAAGUGAGUGCCAUGCUCUUGCAUAGUGCAUGUUGAAGUCUUAGGCCGUUAUUGUUACCUGAUUUUAUAUAAAGAACCUUGUUUUUAAUAGAAAUAUAUGCGCCAUUAUUACGCGCUCGUUUGCCUAGGGAAACCUCAAUCCAAGGGACAGCCCUUACGGGGAUUGUGAAAGACAAGUUGGCUCUGUGAGUUACCUAAGUAACAACUCUUUAGUUAUAUGGCAAUUUACUUCUACGGCUUAUUCUGGAUUAUUCUGGGUUAUAGUUUGUGACCAAUGAUUUCACAUUUCCCCAGAUGGAGGCGUCUCAAAUGAGGGGUUCCAUCGUAUUCAAGUCGACUUCAAGUUAAAAGCACCACUCUGCAACGAAAUAUCUGGUGUCCCUGUCAAUAAAAUACAUAAAUAAGCUUGGCCAUCUUCAGUUCUGCAGAAAAUCUAAUUUGCUUUGCUUUAAAUGUUGCGUUGAAAAAAAAAAGAAGGCGGUAACCAGUAUUCUGAUAAUUUCUUGUGGAUCCAUACAUUUGAAACAAAGCUUUUGGUCGUUGCAACUGGUUUUUAGCCUUUUUAUUGUUAGAAGUCGAUUAAGCAUAUUUUUGCGGUAUCAGUAUACUUAACGAAAAACCUGCAGUUUUGAGGAAUACUACAGCCGCCGAGUGGUUGAGCAGACCACGGAACCUCCGGAAAAUCUGUGAAUAUGCAAAUUCUUUCACGUUGCGCAUCUUCAAAAUGUCUGGUCUAGUUUUAAAUAUGGAUAAAUUGUUCCCACUCAAGUGGUUGUUCUCUCGCAUCGUGUGAAUCGUUUAGGCUGAUUUUAGGGAAACUUAGCUCAGUUUUAGUUCAGCUGCUCAGCCCUCUACAUAAUCUUUUCCAAGAUAUGUCUGUGAGUAAUGCCAACCAAACGAAUCCACUAGAAGCAAUACGCUGUGAGUUCGCGAGUCCGGACGCCCCGAUCACCCCGAAAUUCUACAGGCAUGUAACCGUGGUCAAGCGUAAUUGUGUUCAUCGUUUAUUUAAAACCCUCAAAGGCCUACGGUACUAAACAUGAGUAGGAAAAUGCAUAUUAGAGAACGGAAACUUACAAAUAAACUCACAAUAAUAUUUACCUUAACGGUACAUAACUUUACAGGCAAAAGACGACGACGCUACUUCUUAAAAAGUGAACAUAAAAACUGAUCCACAAGAUUAAAUUUAUACACAAAACCUGACAAAUUACUCGACGAUACAACUAAUGAAAGUAUAAACACUCGCACGCCUAAGCUUUCAAAUUAUUGUUCGAUUAUUGUUUAAGUUGCCGAACGUCAAGGGCAAUAAAAACAUAUUUUUCUUUUAAAGUAAUCUUCUUUAUACACGAAAACGACCUCUUAAAUAGCAGACUUUUUAGUUUUAUAAAUUAUUUCAUUACUAUUCUUUGAAAAAAAAAUAUAGGGUUUCGCAGGUUCCGCAGGUUCUGCAGGCUCCACAGGUUCCUUAGGUUCCACAGGUUUUACAGGUUCCACGGGUUCCACAGGUUCUGCGGGUUCCGCAGACUGCUGAUGCGUAGCCUAGUAACACCCGACCUCAGCGAGAUGCAACUAUGAAACACGUUGACGAAGGGUCCGCUGAAAGAAAACGAAAGCGCUUACGUUUGGACAAAAUAUUCUCAUUAACUUUCUCACUAAAGCGUGAUGCAAAAAUAACUGUCGAUGAUAACCCAUAUCUUAAAAAAACAGUUGUAUUACAUUGUGUGUAGUCGCUAAUUUGUUAGAAACCAGGAGAUUGACGUUAGAACAAAUAGUUUCAUCUGAGUAAGAGAACACGUACAAAAACGCUUAUAAAAGAAAAAGAUAAAAUUAUUUCAGGAAAGCCCGUUUACAAAAAGGUGAUCGAAAGUUCGUCAUGCUCAAAGAUUUUCAUAAGAUUUUUCCUUCGGCGUUAGACUGUUUACAUGAAGGAGGGCAAGGACCCGUAACCCUAUGGUUGCGUAACCACUCAAUAUCUGCUCGCAAAGAGAUUGAAAGUUCUCGAUCUUACAUGAAAAACUAGAAUCUAAUUGCAUUGGAGUACACAUGCGCUUGGGGAUCAAUUAAACUUGAGAACGUAGAUUGAUGACCCUUCUCCUAACGAAGAUAUGCUUUCACAUGUUUCAACGAUUUCGGCGUAAAAUAAUUAUGAUACGUAAUGCUGGCUUUUUACUGCAAGUAUGCCAAUCGUUUUCGUAAGAACGUAUGGAAACGGCUUACUCAAGGAUAUAUUUCGUAAAAAAAAAAGACACCAUCUUCAAUUGAGUUCUAUUUUUAAUUCACUUUGUAAUUUAGCGCAGUCUGCAAGAGUCACGGGUAAUAGCUGACUGCCCAAGCAUAAAAUAAGAACUAUAUAACCCGGGUAGUAAACAUGAAACGUGCAUAGGAAGGUGACACCUCAACAAGUAUGGUUCGAUAACCUUCCAGAAAUCACAGGUCGCACAAAAUGAAAGAGUUGGCAUCGGUUUUGGGUUUGUAGCCCUUUUCUUCUUAUCAUGCUGUAAGUAUAUGAAGUGUUUUGGUGUAAUUGUUCUUAAUUAAUCUGUAUAAGUAGCUUGUUUACGCCGUAUUUCCUGUAGGGUCGAUCAUCCUUUUCCUUGUGACUACUGAACUCGUUAAUACUUGCUUCAUUCCUCCUUUACAGUAGACCUCUACAGUUCAGAAAGUCUAAUUUGCUUUGCUUUAAGUGCUACAUUGAAAAAAAAGAAGAUUUACGUGAACCAGAAUUCUGAGAAUUUCUUAUGGAUGCGCACAUUUGAAAACAGAGGUUUUUUGGGGAGGCUUUGCUGAUGGUCGUUGCAGCUGGUUUUUACCGUUUCAUUGUUAGAGGUCGAUUAAGCAAACUCGGCUCGAGUAUCCUUAAAUGUUACAGCCGCCGAAUGGUUGACAAUCGUCGCUAACUGAAAAUGGGAAGCUGUUUCCAAACCGUUCUUAGUUUUUUCUUGAUUCGAAAACAUUCAUUCUUCAUUUGUCAGCGUUUUCAGUUACUAACACAUUCUAGCGGCUCCCAGCUAAUGGACGAACACGGGGAAAAAUUUUGUUGAUGAUUAUUCUUAAGAUGGAGGUUCAAUUUUAAUUCUUACUUAAGCCUGUAUAAUGGUUGGGUUUCUACGUAGGAAUUGGAAAAGCUAAAUGUGUUAUGAGAGAAACUUAACACCCAGAUCUGAAAUGCUUGUCUCGCAAUCCAAAUUAAAAAGAACUCUCACUUUCGAUUCCGUUCUUUUGACCAAAGUUCAGUCAAUUAGCAUGGAAGAUUUUUCCUAUUUUUUUUCUUUUAAAGAAAAGAAAAUCCGUUUAUAGCUCAUUUCAACGGGAAAUUCCCUGCUCUAGACCACUCACUGUUUUUUUCCGCCAAAAAACGCCUCUAUUGACCAAAGUUCAGUGAAUUAGCAUGCAAGAUGUAGCUAAAAUAGGUUUUUUUUUACAAAGAAAAAAUCCUAUUUACAGCUCGUUUCAACGGGAAAUUCCCUGCUGCAGACUUGGAAAGAGCUCGACACCUCUUGUCUUGAUUACACAUUCCAUUUUCUUUUCGUUUCCUCCACUUCUACUUCGUUUGAGAGAAUUAGACUUCAUCGGGUGUUACGAAACUGUGGAUCAGCAGACCGCGGAACCUCCGAAAACUCUGUGAAUAUGUGAAUAUGCAAAUAUGCUCACGUUGCGCAUUGGGUGAAACAUAAGGGUUUGCCAUGGAAAUGAACAUUCGCGCUCUCAAUCUUUAAAAUGCCUGGUCUAGUUUUGAAUAAGGAUAAAUUGACUCUACUCAAGUGCUUGUUCUUUUGCAUCGUUUGAAUUGUUUGGGCUGAUUUCGGGAAACUUAGCUGCUUAGCCCUCUACACGAUCCUUUCCAAUAUAUAUCUGUGAGUAAAGCCAAACUAAUCCACUGGAAGCAAAACGCUGUGAGUUCGCGAGUCCGGACGCCCCGAUCACACCCGGCGAAAUUCUACAGGCAUGUAACCGAAGUUACGCGUAAUUGUGUUAAUCAUUUCCUUAAAAACAUCCAAACGCCUACGGUACUAAACAUGAGUAGGAAAAUACAUAUCAGAGAACUAACACUUACAAAAAAAGUCACUAUAAUGAAAAAUAUUUACCUUUAUGGUGCAUAGCUUUACAGGCAAAAAACGACGACGCUGCUUCUUAAAAAGUGGACAUAAAAAUUGAUCCACAGGACCAAAUUUAUACACAAAACCUUACAAAUUACUCGACAUAAUUACGUAAAAUCACGCAAAGGUACAAACGUCAACCAAAACGUACACGAUACAACAAAUGAAAAGUAAAAAUACUCGCAGGUAAUUAACGCGUAAACGAAAUAAGCACGGAAGAAUGUUUGACAAUAAGUUUCGCGAUAACAAUGCAUCACAGUCAAUGAUGUUAUUUUACGCCGGCGUUCCUCAUUCCAGCGUCAUGUACAAUGAAACUGAUGGAAUGAAAGGCCGCCAAUUCCAGCUUAAAGGUUUGCUGAAAGCAUUGGGAUGAGGUGUUACUAGGAUAUCACGGUACUCAAACCGUUAGAGCUUUCAAACUAUGGUUCAGUUCUUAACACUCGGGGAAGAUGACUGCUGAUUGCUCUUUAUGACAUUACAUACCCGGCCUUGUAUGAAUGUCAACACAGUUAAAGUUGGACGUCAAGGGCAAUUGAAAUAUACUAGAAAUCUUCUUUACACCCGGAAACAAACUUUCAAACUGUGUUUUAGGCCUUUUUAGUAUUAUAUGUUAUUUCAUUACUGUUCUUUUACAAAAAUAUAGGGUUCUGCAGGUUCCGCGAUUUGUUGAUCCAAAGUUUAGUAACACCGACUUCAGCGAGACGCAACCGUGAAAGACGCUGACGAAGGAAAACCUAAUUUAAAGGACAAAUUACCGACUACAAGGAAACGAAAGCGCUUACGUUUGAACAAAACAUUCCCAUUGAAGCGUGAUGUAAAAAUAACUAAGGCACAGUCGAUAACAACCCAUAUUUCUAAUACACAGUUGUAUUUCACUGCAUUUAGACGUCAAUUGAGUACGAAGCGACUGUAUAACAACGAUGGGGUUAAAUUUUUUUGCCGAAAAUUUUCGAAAAAAAGUCAUCGAGUUAUUAUGAAGAGGGGAAACCGAAACAAUAACUGUCCUCUCCUCUCUUGUCUCAGACAAGUAUUCGUAAAUAAUGAAAACUUUAUUCCUCAAGGAUACUGUUGCACUACAAAUCCGUAUUGUAUAACCAACUAUGCCCUUGACGUUUAGUGUAACAUGAAAAGCUUGAUGAUGUUGGUAGGUUUUCCUGUCAGUCAAUAUACUUUGUUGCUAAGUCCACAGAAAAAGAAGUGUUGCACUGUUAUAUCAACUGUCAUGCUCGUUUGAACAUGAGCUGAACUGUUUAGGGUUCAUAAAAUAGUUAUAUUAGGCUUGAUACGUGAUGCUGGCUUUUUACUGCACGUGCGUCAGUGGUUUUCGUACAGGUCAGUAAGAACGUAUCGAAACUGCUUACUCAAGGAUAUAUUUCGAAAAAAAAAAGUGUAAUAAAUAUUCCACCUUCUAUUGAGUUCUAUUUUUAAUUUACUUUGUAAUUUAGCGCAGUCUGCCAGAGUCACGGUCAUAGCUGACUGUUCAAGCAUGAAAUAAGAACUACAUAACCCAGUAGUAAACAUUACUCAUGUUAUGUGUGUAUAGGAAGGUAACACCUAAACAAAUAAGGUUCGAUAACCUUCCAGAACUCGCAAGUCACGCAAAAUGAAAAAUUCGGCGUCGAUUUUUGGGUCUGUAGCCCUUUUCUUCUUAUCAUGCCACAAUUACUUGAAGUGUUUUGGUUUAAUUGUACUUAAUUGGUCGGUAUAAGUAGCCUGUUUACGCCAUAUUUCCUGUAGGGUCAAUCAUCCUUAUCCAUGUGGCUAACUCGUUGAUACGUGCUUCAUUCCUCCUUUACGAUAAACCUAUUCACUUCAGAAGACCUAAAAAUCUUAGCUUUGAAUGCUGCAUUGAAAAAAAAAAAAAAAAAAAGAUGUACGUCAACCAGUAUUCUGAUGAUGUCUUGUAGAUGCUUACAUUGAAAACAAAGUUUUUGGGAGUCGGUUAAGUCGAUUAAGCACAUUUUCAUGGCUCGAGUAUCCUUAACGAAAAACCUACAGUUUUGAGAAAUGCUACAGCCGCCGAAUGGUUGACAAUCGUCGCUAACUGAAAAAGGGAAGCUGCUUUCAAACCAACACGCGGCGAAAUUUUGUUGAAGAUUAUUCUUAAAAUGGAGGUUCUAUUUUAAUUCUUACUUAGGCCUGUAUAAUGGCUGGGUUUCUACAUGGGAAAUUGGAAAAGCUCAAUAUGUUUGAGAGAAACUUAACACCCAGAUCAGAGAUGUUUGCCUCGCAAUCCAAAUUAAAAAUAACUCUCACUUUCGAUUCCGUUCACUGUUUUCUUUUCAAAAACGCCUCUUUUGACCAAAGUUCAGUCAAUUAGCACGGAAGAUGUCGCUCGACCAAUUUCUCUUAUUUUUUUUUUCUUUUAAAGAAAAGAAAAUCCGUUUAUAGCUCAUUUCAACGGGAAAUUCCCUGCUCUAGACCGCUUACUGUUUUUUUUCUUCAAAAACGCCUCUAUUGACCAAAGUUCAGUGAAUUAACAUGUAAGACGUGGCUCAAAGGAAAAAGGAAAAAUUACAAAGGAAAAAUUACAGCUCGUUUCAACGGGAAACUAAGUAAAAAAAAAAGUUAUUGAAUUUGGAAGGGAGUGUAGAGUUCUUGAAUGAAAAUAAAAAAGUACCUAAUUGAAACAAAUGGAUAUCAUGAAAUUUUAAAAAUAGGGCCAGUAUGGGCAAUGUAUGUAGAAUUGCACUAUUCUUAACGCACGUUUCUGUAAGGUUACAAUUCUUUGAAGGUUUGACUUAUAGGUACCAGCCCAAGCUAAAUUGCAAUAAUACAAAUAUGGAAGGAAUAGAAUUGUAUAAAGUACGAAGGGAGUGAGUAGAGAGAAAAACCUAGAUUUAUGAAUAAUUAUCUAAUAAAACACCCAAAAACAUGGUCUCAGAAAAACGAAGAAUAGGCUGCUCAUUUAUGAAAACUUGAAAUUCAAAGGAUUGCUUCUUUUGCCAAGGCUUGAAUACCAUAAAAUUAGUCUUGGCUAAAUUCAAGGAGAGCCGGUUUGCUGCAAACCAGGUUGACAAUUUGUUUAAUUCUCUAUUUAAUGUGUUAAUUAGGUAAACAGGGUCAUUAUGGGAGAUAAAUAAGUUUGUAUCAUCAGCAAACAAGAUUGCAUCAAGCAGGGAAGCAUUGUUCAAAUCAUUAACAUACAGGAUAAAAAAUAAGGGACCAAGAAUAGAACCUUGAGGCACCCCACAGGAAUCCCCUGUGGGGCAGAUCUCACGUUAUUAAAUUCGACAAAUUGUGUCCUCUCAGAAAGAUAACUUUUGACCCAUUCUAGUGCCAGACCACGGAUCCCAUAAUGAUUGAGUUUUUCAAAAAGAAUGUCGUGAUUUACCGUAUCGAAUGCUUUCGAAAGAUCUAGGAAUACUCAAUGGCAUGUUCUUUUCUAUCAAAUGCAGAAGAAAUUUUGUCACACAAAUCGAUAAGCGCAAGGCUAGGAGAGCGAUUUUUCUAAAGCCAUAUUGAUUAUCACAUAAGACAUCGGAGUCAUUGAGAUAAUUCAUAAUACGGUUUGUAAAUUAUUCGUUCCAAAACUUUGAAAAGCACGGUAGAACAGAAAUAGGUCUGUAGUUGCUGAAGAGAGCUUUUGUCACCUGAUUUAAAAAUAGGUAUGACACGAGCAAUUUUCAAAUCAUCCGGAACGAUACCAUGAGUAAUGGAGAGAUUUACAAUGUGUGUUAAUGGAGAGGAAACGCUGCAUAUAGAUCGCUUUAUGAUAGACAUAGGGAUAUUGUCAUACCCAGCCGAUUUUCCCGCCGGAAACGUAGAUGCGAUAUCUAUAAUCUCCUCCUGAGUUGCUAAAUUUAGGAACAUUGACUGAGGGAAAUGACCAGGAAGAAGAAAAUUCUUAUACGAGGUCGUAGGUUGAAUUCGUUUAGCGAGGCUUGGUCCAAUAUUGCUGAAGUAAUGACAAAAUCGAUUAGCAAUCUCCAUUGGGUCAGAAAUAUCUUGAUCAUCAACCUUAAACACAGAGUUGGGUUUAGGUCUCAAUUUCUUGCUGUUUAGUACCUCAUUAAGGUGGGACUUAACCUAAAAAAGACCCCUUUUUUCAAUGACUUGUCACAUCCACAGUUUUUAGUUAAACCAUAUAAAACCAUAUAUCACUGAAAAGCUAAUGAAUCACAGAUUUCAGUUUUUUUCAAUUAUUUCUGCUGCAAGCUUGACACCUCGUCUUGAUUACACAUUCAAUUUUAUUUAUUUUUUUUUUUGCUUCUACUUCGUGUGAAAGAAGUAGACUUCAUCGGGUGUUACUAAACUGUGGAUCAGCAGAACGCGGAACCUCCGGAACUUCUGUGAAUAUGCAAAUAUGUUCACGUUGCGCAUUGGGUGAAAUAUAAGGAUUUGCAUGGAAAUGAAAAUUCGUGUUCUCAAUCUUUAAAAUGCUUGGUUUAGUUUUGAACAAGUAUAAAUUGACCUCACUCAAGUGGUUGUUCUUUUGCAUCGUGUGAAUUGUUUGGGAUGAUUUCGGGAAACUUAGCACGGUUUUAGUUCGGCUGCUUGGCCCUCUACAUGAUCCUUCCUAAUAUCGCGUCUGUGAGUAACGCCAUACGAAUCCACUGGAAGCAAAACGCUGUGAGUUCGGAGUCCGAACGCCCCGAUCACACCCGGCGAAAUUCUACAGGCAUGUAACCGAAGUUACACGCAAUUGUGUUCAUCAUUUACUUGAAAAAACAUCCAAACGCUUACGGUACUAAACAUGAGUAGGAAAAUACGUAUUAGAGAACUAACACCGACAAAUGAACUCACGAUAAAGAAAAAUAUUUAAUUUAACGGUGCGUAGCUCUUCAGGCAAAAGAUGACGACGCUGCUUCUUAAAAGUGGACGUAAAUAUUGAUCCACAAGACUUCAUUUAUACCCAAAACCUCACAAAUUACUCAAAAUAAUUACGUAAUAUCAAGCAACGGUACAAGCAUCAACUACAAGUACACGAUACAACCUAGUACUGAAAAGCAAAAAUACUCGCAGGUAACUGACGCGUAAACGAAAAUACAAUAAAAAAACUAUCUGACUAUAAGUUUCGCGAUAAUAAUGCAUCACAGUCGCUGACGUUACUUUUUGUCCGUGUUCCUAAUUCCAGCGUCAUGUAAAUUGAAACUGAAUUCCAGCUUAUAGGCUUGCUGAGAGCCUUCGGAUGAGGCUUUUCUCGGAUAUUGCGGUACUCAAACCGUCAGAGCUUUCAAAUUUUGGUUCAAUUAUUAACACUCGGGGUAGGUGACUGCUAAUUGGUCCUUAUGAAAUUACAUACCUUUGCACGGGGAAUGUCAACACAGUAAAAGUUGGAAGUCAGGGGCAAUGAAAACGAAUUUUUCUUUUAAAGUAAUCUUCAUUAUACCCGGAAACGAACUUGCAAACAAUGUUAAGGCCUUUUUAGUUUUAUGCUUUAUUUCAUUACUAUUCUUUUACAAAAAAUAUAGGGUUCCGCAGGUUCCGCGGGUUCCACAGGUUCUACAAGUUCCCCAGGGUCCGCGGUCUGCUGAUCCAAAAUUUAGUAACAUCGACUUAAGCUAGACGCAACCCUGAAGCACGCUGACGAAGGAAAACCAAUAGUGCGGCUCAUUUCAAAGACAAAUUACCGACUACAAGGAAACGAAAGUGCUUACGUUCGAACAAAACAUUUUCAUAGAAGCGUGAUGUAAAAAUAACUAACGUGUAGUCAAUGAUAACCCAUAUCUCUAGAGGACAGUUACAUUACAUUGCAUUUAGACAUCAGUUUAAUUAUUUGAAAACUGGAGAUCCACGACCUAACAAAUAGUUUGAACUGAAUAAAAGAACGCUUAAAAGGUCUUAUGAAAAAAAAUGGUGAAAUUAUUCUAAUAAAGCACGUUAAGAAAGAGGAGGUAAUCAAAAGUUGGUCAUGCUCAGAGAUUUUCAUGAGUUUUUCUUCGCUCGACUGAUUACGUGAAGGAGGGCAAGGACGCGUAACCUUAUUAUUGCCUAACCACUCAAUAUCUACUCGCAAAGAGAUUGAGAAUUCUCGAUCUUAAUUAAAAUAAUCUAGAAUCUAAUUGCAUUGGAGAACACAUGCGCCCGGGAUGUUGGAUAUCAAUUAAACUCGAGAUCGUAGAUUGACGACCCUUCUCCUGAAUGAUGUGCUUUCACAUGUGUUGGCGACUUCCUUUCUAAAAUUUGUACGAUGAUCAAGUAUUUAUAAAUUCAAUAUCAUUGGACAAAAUCAAAACAAAGCAAAACGCGUACAUUUUAAUCGCCAGGAGGCCUUUUCUUUCUGCGGGAAAUAGAAAAUAAUUCAGCACAAGGCUACAAUUUGAUGACGACAUUUCCGUUAUCUUUAGGUGCGGAAGACCAAGGGAGUGAUUGUCUUUACGUAUCUCGUCUCACCGGCAAAGAUUCGCCUCAAUGUGGCUCUUUUGCUGUGCCCUGCCGGACAUUACCACAAGCGUUACUUCUAGUAAACGAUGGUGGAAAAAUUUGCCUCAAUGGAAUAAACAGUCAGUCAAAUCCAUACGAAUGUUUGAAAACGGUUGAUCCCAAUGGAACGAAAUUGAGAGCUGUGGGGAAAAGAGUAUCGAUACAAGGUGUGUCCUCCCCAGCACACAUUUCAUGUGGCCUAGUAUUUGCAUCAAGGUUGAAAUAUGGCUCUGUCAAGGUUUCUUUCUCGAACCUUGUAUUCAACAAUAGUAGGUAUGGAUUAGUUUUCUUUAAUGUGCCCUCCUAUCAUGUCGUCAUCUCCAAGUGCAAAUUUAUCAAUUGCUCUAAGGCCAUUUCCAUGUCGUGGAAUGGAAGUCAGGGUUCUUCUUUCACCAGUCAAAAGUCUUCACUUGAGGUUACUGAUAGCGAAUUCCGCAACAACACGUACAGCAUAGAAUUUGGUCCAAAGUUCAAAAACGGUUCCCAUAAAGUUUCUCUCUCAAACCUUCUUUUCGACAAUGGCACGUAUGGUGUAUUCCUGGUCAAUGUGUCCUCCUUUGAUAUAGUCAUCGCCAAAUGCAAGUUUUUCAACUUCUCAGAGGCAGCCGUUGGUCUGUUUUGGAAUGAGAUUAAAUACGUCAUCCGUGAAAAGAGUAGUCUUGUAGCCACUGAUAGUAAAUUCCGGUAUAAUGCAAAAUCUAUUCUUGUCAAACUCCCUAACGACUUCUUUGAGAUGACCGUAUCAAGAUGUCUUUUCCAGAAUGCGAAGGGACGAUUUCAUGUUACAAAUGAUGAUAGAAGUAUAAAAGGUGCCGUGUUUGUCCGUUCCCAAGCUAGUUCCGUUACAACGUAUCCUAUUCAUGUGUUAGUCUCAAUUACUGACUCUAUUUUCCAAGACCUGGGUCAUAGAGACAACAGCUUCGCUGUAUCCGUAAGAGUUGACAACCUCUUUAGCGAUGGGAAAGUAUCAUUAUUUAACACGUCGUUUCUUUACAACGAAAAUUCUGUCUUUGUACACGGCGGGUUUGGAGUAAAUUUGACUCACGUGACGGUUACUUCCACUUAUGGGUAUGCUAUCUUGGCCAAUGCUCCCCCUAAAACAUUAAUCAAAGUACCAGGUGUAAAGGUCUUCCUUGAAAUGUGUGUCUUGGUGAACAACCGGAUUGGCAUAAGGAUGUCAACGACUACUUGUUUAAGUAAUACGAACGCCUUUUGUUCAACGGGCGACCAAACGCUUGUUGUAAAAAACAGUCUCAUACUGGGAGGUAAUGAAACAUUAGGCACUGGUGAUGCAAUCAGAUUUGCAAUGAGUUUCCCCAAACAGAACUUUAGUCGUGCGGUCUUGAAGCCAGGCAAAGAAGAGGUAUACUUGUCGCCAGAUUUUGAGGCAAAACUACUUCUUGAAAACGUUACUUUUCAAGGGUUACAUGAUUGUGCUCUUUCAGUUAGUGUAGAAAGGAAUGUUAGUGGACUAAUUUCGGUAAAAAACUGCAGGUUUCUUAACAACACUCAGUUUGUGAAUCGACUAGAUGAACGAGCAAUUGUCCAAAUUGAGUUUACGAAUGUCGAUCCACCCCAAUGUCCGCAUAAAAGAAAAGGAAACAAAAGUAGGGAACUAAUGUGGAACAAGACAUUUGAGUUACCGGUAAUAUUUGAAGAUACUCUAUUCGAAAACAACGCUGGUAUCGCUGGAACUUUGAACUUGUUAAAUGGCAAUGCCACGUUGAACAACUGCACCUUUAAGAACAACGAAGGAGUAGCCAUGGGAGGUCAAGUGUAUCUGAGGACAGGUUUUGGAAUUCUUAACAUCGUUAACAGUAGUUUCCACCAAACAAAAUCGGCGGAACGUUACCGUGGAUCGAGAACUGGUUGCUUUCUUCAAUCUGAGAGCGCUGGUCAGCUGAAAAUUGAACAAUCUUCUUUUACAGCUGAUGACAAUAGGCAAUACGAUCCAAUCUUUGCAGCUACGAAAAGCAGUUCCAUACUGAUCGACGACUCAUCCUCCUUUCGAUGUCCAAGCGGAAGGCAAAUCACUAUCGAGAAAAUCACCGAAGAAGACGGAUUUGAACUUGUGAAGGGAAGUGAAACUUGCUGGAUAAGAGUGCAAUAUGUCAAAUUACUCUGUGAAGAAUGUCCAGAUGGUUUCUACAGCUUAAAGAGAGGAUGGGCCAGUGGUUUCCAUGUUCACAAGGAAACCAAGUGCAUCAAGUGUCCCUACGGAGCAAAAUGUGAGCGUGGAAACGUUUUAGCUCAAGAAAACUUUUGGGGUUCUAAAGUUAAUAGAACCUCAUCUACUCUGCAAUUCAUUCCAUGUCCAUUGGAAUACUGCAAAACUCCAGCUGAUUCAACUGCUCACGCGUACAAUGGUUGCUAUGGUAGCAGGACAGGUGUAUUAUGUGGCGAAUGUGCUGAGGGAUACAGUGAAGCCUUGUAUUCCACGUCAUGUCAAAAAAAGGAAAAGUGCCAUGAUCACUGGUUUUGGUUGGUGAGCCUGAUUUACAUACUAGCAUUUGCACUGUACCUUGUUUUUAAGCCUCCUGUCUUCACGUGGCUGUAUCGUCAAGGUGUUUGGUUUAGGAGUACAUCCAAUUCUAACAGCAGACAGGAAGCACCAAACGGAGAUAGCAGAGAUAAACACGAUGCUGGGUACCUGAAGAUCACCUUCUACUUUUAUCAAGUUGCCGAGAUACUGAUGAUCACGUCCACAGAGACCACUGCUCACGUCAUCCCUUUUGUUACACCAAUCGUUGCACUAUUUAAUUUCCAGGUAAAGAAUUUUAAAGGCAGCAUUGGAUGCCCAUUUCCUGGCUUCAAUGUUGUCACCAAAGAGCUGUUUUUCUCCUUGAACUUCCUGGCAACCUUGCUCUCCAUUCCCCUAAUUUACGCCAUCCACCGAGCUAUAAGCAGGUUCCGCCCCAUUCCAAAGCCUUCGCUGAGACUAUACCGGGCUGUUGUUCUGGAGACCCUGUUACUUGGAUACAAAACUCUCGCGGAUACAUCCCUUACUCUUAUGCACUGCGUUCCCGUAGAGCUGGAGUGGCGUCUGUUCAUAGAUGGAAACAUUCAGUGCUGGCAGUGGUGGCAGUACUUGCAAAUUGUCUUCAUCUUGGCAUUUGUCAUCCCCUUUGUUCUCGUCCUUUUCUGGGGAUCGCUGA